UUCACCGUGUUCACAUAUCCGCAUCGCACUUCUCGUUCCUCGAUCGUCGCGAAACCAGCCCCAAAUAAUCAUAAAUAAUAAUAAAUGCCAAGAAACGGCCAAGUGAAGUGUCCGCGAAAUGUUGAGUUAUUUGCCAGUGGUUUGGCUCUUUUGGGCCCUUUCGGUGCCUGUGCCCCGAGUAAUGGGCCAAAUCAUACCGUUGCCGACUUUUUGCGAGGGCCAUAGCCUAGAGUGCACCUGUGCCGCCGAGGCGAACGUGGUGCGGUUCCACUGCCCCGAUGAGUACGCCAUGUUGCUGGAAGUCUCCGAACCGGGUGCUUCACUGUAUUUAAGCUACUACGCCUCCGGCGAACUGAAAUGGCUGCCGCGUUUCAACAUCAGUGAGGUGGUGAAGAUCGAGUUCGAUGCCUAUAGUUUUUGGCCGGAGACAUUCCUGGCCGAUCUGCUGGAAACGUUAGGGGUGAAAAAAGUUAAAACGGUCCUGUUCAGAGAUCGCACUUCGGAAACGGUGGUCACUCGAGAUGUCCUCAACGCAACCGAUGGAUAUCAGGGAUCAUCUCCGGCCGGAAACAUAUCAACCUGGCAUUUUGGAGCCUUUCCUGGCCUGCAGAAGUUUAAGUUCUACAGCGCUGUGGAAGAUCUGCAGGAGACGGCAUUUCACAAAUUCGACUGCCUCAAGGAACUACUGCUCCACGUGGAAGUGAAGGAGCUGCCUGGUAAUCUACUAUCUACGGUAAAAGGAACUUUGGAAGCUCUGAUCAUCGAGAGUCCGGUCAUGAUCUCGUUCAAAGAUCCCCUGCUCCGCGAACUGCAACAGUUGCGGAACUUGAGUAUCUUGCUUACGGAUCCGCAACGUGGACGUGACCAGCUGCAGCCGCAUUUCUUUGGGGCCAUGAAGAACCUGGAGGAGGUGCGAUUGGCCCAGGCCACUGGUCGUGUGGACCGGAAAAUGUUCAAGGGCACCGAGAAGUUGAGGCUCAUCAAGAUGAAUGGCAACGACGAUCUCACGCAGCUACCUGGGGAAAUAUUUGAGGAUCAGGUCAGCUUGGUGACCCUGGAUUUGUCCUGCAAUGCGAUCAGCAAGCUGCACAAUGACGUCUUCAAAGGCCUGGCCAAUCUUACCAUUUUGGAUCUGGCUAAAAAUAAACUGACUGAUUUAUCAAGCACCAUUUUCGCCCCGCUGACCUCGUUGACCGUGUUGCGUCUGAACAAGAACUCCCUGACCGCGAUGUCACCCACUGUUUUCCAGGAGGCUGUCACUCUGAACUACAUUGAGAUGGUGAGCACCCAGUUCUACGGGGCCACGCUUCAGAUGAGCUACGAGGCGGUGGUGUGCACGAACGAGGAGACCUGUCAGUACAAGUCGGCGGAUUGGCAGUGUGAUUUUCGCUGUAUUUGCUGGGUGCAGAGGAAUAUUAAUGCUCUGAUCGUGGAUUGUCGGGGAUCGAAUCUGGAAGAACUCCCGGAUUUGCCGCACACCACUUUGGUAAGCACGGUCCUCAAGGUGGGAAACAAUAGCCUGACGCGCCUACCCACCGUCGACGAGCACCGUGGCUAUGCCAAUGUGAGCGGUCUCUUUCUUUCGGACAACAACCUGACCAGUCUGGGAUCGGGUGACCAGUUGCCCACCAAUCUGACCCACUUGGAUGUGCGCGGCAAUCAGAUACAGUCGAUCAGUGAGGAGUUUGUGGAUUUUUUGCAGCAGGCGAAUAACACCAUGACUCUAGCGCUUUCGGGAAAUCCCAUAUCCUGUGACUGUGCCGCCCUGUCGCUCCUGUUUUUCGUUCGCACCAAUCCGCAGCGGGUGCAGGAUAUUGGGAAUGUGAUGUGUGCCAAACAGAAAAAGUCCCUCCAGCAGAUGGAGGCCUUCGAGCUGUGCCCCUCGUAUGUGCUGCUCAUCAGCUGCGUGGUCGGUGGCCUGGUGAUCAUCGUCUGCCUGAUCUCCGUGUUCUACCUGAUGUUCCAGCAGGAGCUGAAGAUCUGGCUGUACAACCACAACCUCUGCCUGUGGUGGGUGUCCGAGGAGGAGUUGGACAAGAAUAAGACCUACGACGCCUUCAUAUCGUACUCGCACAAGGACGAGGAGCUGAUCAGUAAGAUGCUGCCCAAGCUGGAGAGUGGUCCGCAUCCCUUCCGACUAUGUCUGCACGAUCGCGAUUGGUUGGUUGGCGACUGUAUUCCAGAGCAGAUCGUCCGCACCGUGGACGACUCGAAGAGGGUGAUCAUUGUGCUGUCGCAGCACUUCAUCGACUCGGUGUGGGCCCGCAUGGAAUUCCGGAUCGCCUACCAGGCCACUUUGCAGGACAGGUGCAAGCGGAUCAUCAUCAUUCUGUACCGGGAACUGGAGCACAUGAACGGCAUCGAUAGUGAAUUGCGGGCAUACCUCAAGCUGAACACCUACCUCAAGUGGGGCGAUCCACUCUUCUGGAGCAAGCUGUACUACGCGAUGCCACACAAUCGGAGGGUCCUCAAAGGACAAAAGAAACAUGCUGGCCCCCUCAUCUGAGUCUUAGUUUUUAGGUUAUCAGAAAUAUACUCAUAUGCUUUCAUUUCUCCCCUGGAGUUUCAAUAAUUGGGCCUUAAUAAGAAACCAUUAAAUGAGUUAAAACUUACCUUUCAGAAUUACACAAAUACCUAACUAAGAAUUAUAUAUAUUUGAAAAGAUUUUGAAGUAUUUAUAAAGAUAAUAUCAUAUUUAACGUAUUUUUAAACAGUUAAUUUAUAAUAAUAGUACUUAAAAUGUAUAAUUAUUAAUAAAACCUUUUUUUAUGGGUAUUCGGAUGCUUUAAGCUGUUAAUUCGAAUUUUGCAGUGCUGUUAUUUUCAGAAAAUACAUUUAUAAGUAAUAUUUACAAAAAAAUAAACCAAAUUAUGUAUAAGUAAAAAAAUAAGUUAACCUUUUAAUGUAUACAGUGUUCGACUUUAUAAAUUAAUCUAAAUGACAAAUUAGGUGUACAAUUUUGUUUCUUUUUUUGCCGCAUUCGCAUCUGUAUUUAUCAUGGCUUUUAUUUUAACAGCUAUGAAGUAAUUAAUAAUUUACACAACCGUUGGCAACAAUAUUUGCAACACUAUAUUAUUAAAAGCAUAUAAUUGCCUCAAGCGCAUUAAUUAUCUUAAUUGAAUUGAUAAAAGCAAUAUAGUAUAUACAAUAAAUUUCUGUUAUAUGGAAAGUUAAUAAUAAGUAUGAACAUAGGUCUUAAUUAAUAGAAGAAAAUCAGCAUAAUUUGAAUUAAAUUGUAUAAAUCUUACAGUUGCCUGAGAUAAUAAUAAACAAUUUAUGAGACUACAAAAAGAA